AUGCAACAGGCUUGGUCUGUUUCAGCAACAGCCUCUGCUUCUCCACAGAAGCGGCGACCUCCUUCGCCGUUGUUACGCCUCGUCUAUGCGAAUCCUCCUCAUCCGACUGGGUCUUCUGCCUACCCGCCCACUGUCGAUAUCCCGGCCAUCGCCUGCUCCGGCUUCCGGUCCUCCAUCGAGAGUGCGCCGCCGGCGCCUCAUCCAAUUCCUCCUGAGCUCCAAUCCUCCCUGCUUGCAUCUCCUGGCCUUGUCACGAGUGUACGGCAUCACCCGGCCGCAGCAGAGCUCCUCCAUCCUGACUGCAGGAUGGCGGCACCACCGCCGGCUGCGGCGGUUGGCGGCGUCCAGGAUAGCCACUGGUUUUCCUUGUACGACAUUCCCGGUGGCGACGGCGGUGAACUCCUUCCCCCAAAGCCUCCAGCGCAGCCACGAGGUCCUAUGUCGCCGGCGCAGCCGGCUCCUGAUGCCGUACAAUCUUCUGCCAUGCGGGCUCCUGGCGCUCCGUUAGAUUCGCACUGGACGAGCUCAAGCUGGGCCCAGAGCGCCCAGCCUCUGCCGCCGCCACGCCUAUCUUGGCCGCCUGGGCGAGAUGCCUCGUUCAUGUUCACUGUCAGGACCAGGCGUCAUCACCAGCACGGGCAGCACGCGUGCUCGUCCAGCUGGGACAGUGGCGGCGGCGGGGACAGAGUCGUCGGCCAUGAUGAUGAUAGCGGUCCGCGCCUGAAGCUGAACCUGUCUGGUGCGGUCAGCCAUCCGGGCCUUACAAGCGCGCGAGAGGCGACGUUGCCACAUCUGGAGAUGCCCUGCACGGACGCCGGUAAUGGUGGUGGCGGCGGCGGCGGCGGCGGCGGUGGUAGCGUGGCGGAGUUCGCCGAGGCUGACGUCGGCAGCGGCGGAGAGCACACCAGCAUUCGCAACGCGGAUGACAGCGAUAGCGGUGGCGGCAGCGGCCGGCGUGCAUUGCUGCCGCGCUUGACAGACAUAUGGACCAGGACCGCCGCCGCAGCCGCUGUCACGUCCACUGCCAUGCCUGCUGUUGGCCAUUCCACGCCCGCUGCGGAACCCAAAGCUCAUCCUGAUGCACCGGCUGCAGCGUACCCUGGUGCUCAUGGGCAGAUGCCGAACAAGGAAGACGACGUGGUCGAUGACGAAGGCGGUGAGAGGAACGCUCAACGCAAACAUCACAGCGCCGCCGCACGGGCCGACGCCGGCACCGCUCUUGCCGAUGCCCCCCAAGUCACCCCCCUCUUCUCCGAUGCUGUCGUACAUUCUUCGGAUUCCCCAGCUCCCUCAGUCUCUGCCGUGAGAACAAUUGCCCAAGGUGAGGACACGGAAGCUGCGCACAAGGCAGGGGGCGGAGGCGGGCGGGAAGACGCUAAACCGACAUCUGGCACCACUGCCAGCCUUGGCCCAGCCAUUGCAACCGCCCCAGCGGCCCCGGCAACGGCCGGUGGUGUGGUUACUGGCCAGGGCCUGGUUCGUGACCCAGCAGAACCAUACAAGGUGUGCGCGGCGGCGGCGGCGGCGGCGGUAUCAACUGCAGCGGCGGGGCCGACCCAUGGGUCGCUGCCCCAGCCGGUUCCGGUUCAAGUGGCAUCCAGGAGGAAACGGCGGCUUGAGGGGCCCGGGGGCGGCCGGGCCGGCCGAGGGGCCAAGGAUGGAGUCACCCGCGGCGCUGUGGGUUUGUUCCACCCCCAGCUCUACCUGAGCGGUGGCAACUGCAUCGAAUGCGGAAACGAGAUGAUGAGCCGCGGAAAGUUCGAGCGGCUGGCCGGCACUGCCACCGCCAAGUGGCACGUCAGCAUCAAGGUGCUCCCCUCGGGCGUCACCCUGGGCAAGUGGCUGCAGCAACACGGACUGCCAAUACUACAGGGUCGUCCGCGCAAACGGCCACCUUUGGAGCAUGUCGAGGUAGCUGCCGAGAAUUCAGAAGCGGACGGCACUGACGAAGAUCUCAGCGGCAGCCUGACCUCCGUACCUUCAGCAACCCACCUAAACACCGCACCUUCGCCCCCCGCCGACCCCGAAGACCCCCCUGGCUCCAAUAGAGCGAUGCAGGAGUUCAUACUGCAGGAGAAGGGGCAGGGGGCGCAGGCCGUCCACGAGGCAGGGGAGGGCUUUGGGCUGCAGCUGCGCGUCGCCCCAGCUGUUGACGCCGGGCAAAUCAGGGCCGACCCUGCUAGGCUGAAUAUGUACGGCAGUGGUGGCGAAGGUAGUUGCAAUCGUUACAUGCUUUCGUGGCCCAAUUUACUCGGCACUCCGAGGAGCCGAGCAGCUUUAGCUACAGCUACAGCUACAGCUACAGGAGCAUCAGGGAAAGGAUUGCCACAGCUGGCAGGCGCAGUGGCGCCAUCAGUCCUCCAACCAACCUUCGAUACCGGGCCUCAAGGCCUGAGUGGCUUGACCGAAGAGCCACAGAGCUUGCAGGCUGGGCCAGGGCGAAGCGCCCUCGGGAUCACCCCGUACAUCAGCGGUGGGGACGGGGGCUGUGUUCCCCUCGGCCCUAUGGAUCUGAAUUGGAACUCGGGGAGAGCCGUUGGCGGACCCGUGCAAGCGGAGGGCGAUUCGCUGCCGCGACCCUUUCAGCCGCUGCCGCAGCUGCAGCUGCAGCUACUUCAGCGCCCUGAAGACUCGGCGUUAGCGCGGCCCGCGUACGCCGCUCCACAGCACUCCGCUGAAACCCCUUACACGAGAACCGAACUCUGGAACAAAGCGACAGCGGGGGCCCAUCCUGCGGCGCACUUCCUACCUGACGCCGACUACGGCGCCAGCCCGGAUAGUCGUGCUUCAAGCAGCAGCGAUAAAACCCCCGCGCGUAUGGAGAGUGUCACCGUCACCACCGCCACAACUGCUAUAACUGCUACAACCGCCGCCGUCGUAAAUGGCGGGAGCUUCUGGCUCGGCGAAGCCAGUGGCAGCGGUGGAGACGGCGGCGGCGGAGGUUACGCUGACAGGACAGCGGCCACCGCUAGCGCCCACGACGCGCCCACAAGCGCGUAUCUGCUCUUUGACCGCGGAAGGGGUGGGAGUAGCCGUUCCAAUGUGCCGUACAGCUCCAGAGACCUUCCUGAGAAUCUGUACGAGCAGUUUGACCUUGCAAGCAGCGCCAGUGAAAGUGCCGCCGCCCCGCAGAUGUUUACCCUGAUGCGCACCGACAACCGCGCCAGUAACCCCGUCUUCAACGCCAGCGCGCGAGUUAACACCAACACCAACACCAACACCAACAGCGCCGCCGGCAGCCGUGGUCUCACUUCCCCUGGGUCCAGUCGACUGCUCCUUACGAGCUUUUCCUCCGGCACCUUGACUUGGCCAGGGGGCCUUACCUGUUCCGCAGCGCCGACCCCGGCGGCGACGCAAGGGGGUAGCGUGAGCGCGCAUCGGGCCCAAUGGGGUGAUGAGUCUUGUGCUCCGGAACCAGGCAUUUUAAAAAGCGCCCCAGCCCACCCUGGAGCAGCGGACGAGGGCACAGCGACCUGGAGCACCGGCGCUGCGUUCAUGAGAACGCAGGCCAAUCAUAUGCCGUACCAUAGCCGUGCAGAGGAAGCCUGGGGCAGGCGGUGUUUGGAGGGUCUUGGUCACCACGAGCGGACGGAAGCCGCAGCAACGGCGGCAGAGGGGCUGCCGGGGGCGUGGCCGCGUAGCGAGCCCGGCGGCUGGGCAGCGGCGCCGCCACCCCCGCCGCAGCUGCCGCCGCCGGCUGGGGAGCGUCCAGGCUCUACCUGA